AUGAUAAACAUAAAAGUUACACACAGUUCUGUUUGGAAUUCACAGACAAGUUUCCGAUUUAUGAAUAUUCUCUACCGUCAAGCCACUCCGGAUGAUGCAGAAGACAUAUCCAAAAUGAUCUGUGAAGCGUUGCGAAUAACGAAUUCUAAAAACUACUCAGAUAUUGUUCUUAAUAGAAUUGAAGAAUGCAAUAAACCCAGUGAGUUGGUCCCAUAUCUUGAGAAAUACUAUUUCUUGUGUGCCACGGUUGAAGAUGAGAUCGUUGGUGUAGGAGGUGUGACGGACACUGAGUUGAUCAAGCUUUUUGUAUCACCAAACUACCAGCACAAAAGAAUUGGAACAACUCUGGUGGAUAAACUCGUCGCCUAUUACAAAGAACAUUAUCCUGAGAAGGAAUUGGUGUUAUUAGCCACUGUGGAUGGAAAAACUAUCUAUGAUCGAGCUGGAUUCGUAACGUAUGAGGAAAUCAAUGACGAUUCUCAUGGGCACCUUUACCGUAUGCGAUUGACCAAGCACUGA